CUGAACAAGGGCGGAUGCUUCUUGCUCUGCUCCUGCACCCAUGUGUCGCCCUUUAUGCCAGAAAAGUCUCUGUCACAAAUCAACAGUUGGCAUCCCCUGAGAUGUUUGCCACCAAUAAGUGGACCUUUUUGGAGCUCCGGCUGGGAAUCAGCGAGAUGGCUGAAUGGACGGAUGAAAGGAAGGAUGCGGGAGCACAGCAGUCUGUCGGUAACUUUGCACGCGAUGGCAGCAGGCCCCGCCCCAUCCCCAUUUAGCGUAAGCCCGCUUAUGGGCUCAGCUAAUUGGCUUAGGAGCCGGCGUGGGCCACUUUGCGCCUGGAGCGAAGCUGGAGAAGCCGCGCCAAGACUUUGCGCCUCAUCACUUGCAAGCUGCGGCCGCGCACAAUGGGUGCCCCCCCAGCCCCCCGUGGCCUGGCCUGAUGGAUGCGGAGGCUGACCUAGCGUAGCGGCAAAACCCAAGCGCCAAGCUUUGUCCACUGUGUGCUCAAGAUGCCCUUCAUGCCGGUCAAGUUCAACCUGCAGAAGCGGGUCAAGCUGGCCCAGGGACUGUGGAUCCUCUACUGGGCAUCGGUCCUGGCCAGUGUCCUCCUCUUUGGCCUGGGUGUGUUCUUUAAGGUGGAGCUGCGCAAGAGAAGCGAGCUGAUGGACGAGAACGAGAGCCACCUGGUGCCCAACCUGCUGAUCCUGGCCGGGCUGCUGGCCUGCGCCCUCAACAGCUUCGGAGCCAAAGUCUGCCACGACUCGCUGGACCCUCUAAAGUUCUCCAAGUGGAAGCCCAUGCUGAGAAAGUUCCUGCUGCUGUGCUGCGUCUUCAACAUUUUGAUGCUGCUGCUGGCGCUGCUCUCUUUCCUCAUGCAGUUUGCUGUCUACCUGACGCUGUCGCAAGGCCUCAAGAAUAGCAUUCGCUUCUACAAGGACACCGACACGCCAGGGCGCUGCUUCAUGAAGCGCACGCUGGACUUGACGCAGAUUGAGUUUCGUUGCUGCGGCAACGUCAACUUUAGGGACUGGUUCGAGGUACAGUGGAUCAGCAACCGCUACCUGGACAUGAGCAACGGCGAAGUCAAAGAUCGCGUCCUGAGCAACGUGGACGGAAAGUUCCUGAUGGACAGUGUCCCGUUCAGCUGCUGUAAUCCGGGAUCGCCUCGACCUUGCAUCCAGCACCACCUGACCAACAACUCGGCCCACUACGACUACGACCACCGCACCGAGGAGCUCAACAUCUGGACACGGGGCUGCCGCGAGGCUCUCUUCUCCUACUUCAGUGGCCUGAUGACUGGCGUUGGCGUGCUCGUCAGCGCCUUCGUUCUGCUGCAGUGUGCUGAUAUGGCAGGAUUGAAGUACCUAAGCACGGCUUUGGAGACCAUGAGUGACCCUGAGAACCCAGAGUGUGAUAGCGAAGGUUGGCUGCUGGAGAAGAGCGUCAAAGAGACGCUGGGGGAGAUGCUGGCCAAAAUCAAGAUGCUGGGCAAGUCUAACCACGUCCAGGAGGGUGACGAGGCAGCCAACGCCUGAGACCCACUCACGUGCCCGCCCUCCCGCUUCCUCACAAAACCACCCUGUAAAUAAAAACCUCACAGACACGGUGCCACCAACAUCACUUCAUUUUUUAGAUUAGCAUGUAAUCGUGUUUUUUCACUUUUAUACUCACUCACUCACUCACUCACUCACUCACUCACUCACUCACUCACUCACUCACUCACUAAUCACAAACAAUGGGUGAACAUAAAAUCAUAUUCAGUUCUUAUUACGGCUGACGUGGAACUUUUUUUUUACUUUUGCAGCACACAAAAACACACGCACACACGCGCGCACACACAGCAGAUUAUUGUGUAGAUGUUUUCAAAUUUCAAGUCAUCCUUUGUUCCUACUAAUAUUUGUGGUGUUUUGUCUUGCAGAGAUUUUAGUCCCCAAAUGUAUAAAGAGAUUAUGAUUGACAUGCAA